AGACCAGUUAGACUAGACCACCGCCGCUCCACGCUUCCACCCUCUGCUGCGGGACGAGCUCGAGAGGUUCGCCGGCGCUCCUGCUCGGCCGACGGCCGUCGCCGCGCGAUAAUAGGCCAGGAGACGCGGAGAGAUGCUGUCGUCCGCCGCCUUCUCCUCCUCACCGCUGCUGCGCGGAGCCCCGCUGCGGACCCGGCACCUGCUCCUGGCCCCUCCCGCGCGCGCGCACGGCGGCGCGGCGAGCCGCGCCCGCGGUGGCCUUCCGAGGUUCCACGCCCCGUCUCUCCCUUCGUCCAAGGGUGAGGUGAUUCGCAUCCAAGGAGACGAGUUCUGGCACAUGACGCGGGUUUUGCGCCUUGGCGUUAACGACAAGGUUGAACUAUUCAAUGGGGUGGGCAGUUUAGCUGAAGGAUUCAUACAUAAAGUUGACAAAGGUGGCUCAGGUGUUGAGUUAUUAGAGGAUGCUAGGAUCAUAGCUCCUCAAGGCAUCCAAUGGCAUGUCUUUGCUGCGUUUGGGACACUGAAAGGCGGACGUGCGGAUUGGCUUAUAGAGAAAUGUACUGAACUUGGAGCUUCUAGUGUUACCCCUCUCCUGACAGAACGAUGUCACACAAUAGCGGAAAAUCGGGUGGAUAGGUUGCAACGCCUUGUGCUGGCUGCAGUUAAACAAUGCCAGAGGAUACAUGAAAUGUCGCUGAAAUCCCCAAUUCAGAUAAGGCACCUUCUACCUGUUGUAUCACAGUCAAAGCUUGCUUUCUUAGCAUCAGCGGAAGCGCCUCCUCUUUUUAGUGUUCUGCCAGAAUCCAGCAUUGAACAAAGUGGGCUUCUGAUUAUUGGGCCUGAAGGAGACUUCACAGCAGAGGAGGUACAUUCACUGAAAUCAGCAGGUGCGGCCCCUGUUGGUCUUGGUCCAUGCAGGCUACGGGUUGAGACAGCCACGAUAUCCCUCCUAUCUGCUCUCAUGCUCUGGUCAGAUGCUAAACACCGGUAAAGACAGCAAUGCAGGUAAUCUAAGGACAGUUCUCUCAGUCAUCUUUAUGGUAUACUAGUCCUCUUUCAGGUGAUUAGUACCAUGAAAUACCAUUCAGGAUCUAGUUGGAUUCAGUAACCAAAACCAUGGGUAAUUAUUCCAUUGGAUCUCAGAACGCAUUUCAGUAAGAGCUUGGUCUUGGGCUUGACCAGCAUGGACGAUGAGCAUCUCAAUACACGAUGUUUUGUUUGA